CAAAACUGCACCUACCUGUGACUUAAGUCGACUCUUCUUCCCCACCACUCCGCCAAACAAACUUGCCCAGAAAGACCAGUUACGUUCUUAUGGACACCGUCCAUCCUGGGUGACUCGAUUUAAGCUUUUUCUCUUACCCGGAGAAAAGUCCCAGUGAUUCCUUACUGAUGUUGUGGAUCUGUGCAGUGUGAUCUAAGUUUUAUUUGGACGGUGAAAGUACUUAAGACAGAAAGGAUGAACCAUGUGAAAGUCCUCCUGAUAGCCCUAAUCAUCCAUACAUAUCUAGCAACGACCAACGCAAACGUCAACGGAUGCCAUUCCCCCCUCCUCAAAGACUGCAACUGCGGCAGGGUCUACAGAGAGCAGAGAACCUUCUUCGUCGUAAACUGCACCAACACCGGAUUCCAUGACACCUCCAUGCUGGAGGAGCUUCCGGAGGAGACACAAUGGCUGGUUUUCACCGGAAACCACGUGCCAAUACUUGACAGCAACGUCUUCGGCGAAGACGUCGUCUUGAACAACUUGGAGGUUAUAGACAUGACGAACAACGGCAUCAGAGAUGUCAGGGGUAAGGCUUUCCACCGUGUGAUGAACGUAAAGAGACUGAUCUUAAACCACAACAACAUAACUAUCUCUGAGAACGACGACGAGAAUUUCCACCACCCUAGAGUCUUCUCCAACUUCUACAACUUGGAGGAGCUGCAUUUGACCAACGCCUUCGCCGACAACACCGGCGCUGGCUUAGCUGAAGAUCUUCACGACAUCUUCGUCAACAGCAAUCUGACGAAGCUGUACAAGCUCCACCUGGAGCAAAACGAAAUAAAGAAUUUCAAAGACGAGUCUGUGUUUUGCGACCUGCCUAAUUUGCACGAUGUCUAUUUGGGUAGCAACGACAUUCCAAAUUUGAAUUUCAACAUAAACUGUAUGAAAAGACUGCGCUACAUCGACUUGGAGCAGAAUAAUAUCACCAAAUUCACCCAGAAAGACUUGGACGCCUUCGACAGGGCGAAUCAGCGACAUGAGGAUGGUCUUACGCUGGAUCUUGAUGGGAAUCCUUUCAGGUGCGAUGCAGCUGUGAAAAUUUUUUAUGGGUGGUUGAUGAAGACCAAGGUUCAUAUCAGAAAUGUACGCACUCUUCAGUGUCAGACUCCUAGAUAUGGUAGGAGAUUUAUAACGAACUUAACUAACUACGCUGAGGGAAAACAUGCAAGGUUUUCUAAAGCUCUCACUAUUCUCUUGGUGGUAUUAACUAUUGUGUUCCUAAGUUUAGUCGCAGCUUUUGCUUAUAUUCGAAAAGAGUCUAUGAAAAAUAAGCUGUCGCCUAUUUUCGAUUCUAUCACUAGAAAAGUCCAUUAUACUCACAUCGAGUCUCAAGAUGUCUAAGAACUUACUCAUCAUUAUUUAAUCCUGUACAGAAUUUCAUCAUCAAUUAAAUAUAAAAUUCACUCAAUUACUUCUUGUGCCAUUAUGUAUAUCCUCAAAGUUGAUUCCAUACUUCGAAUUAACAUUCCCCGUUAUUAUUUUAAGAUAUUCUACUAAAUUCAGAUUGCUGAAUUCAUUGCAACUUCCCCUGACUAUUUUAUUAAUUUAUAUUAUUAUUAGCUAUAUUAUCAUGUCAAUAUAACUCAUAUUCUUUUUAAUUAUAUCUGUAUAUCACAAAUGUAAAUAAAUGACGCCAGAUUUAAUAAAAUUGCUAUAAAAUA